AUGGCGAAACCUCGUGCACAGACAGUAUGGUUCGGAAAUGAAUUCCCCAGCGAUGACCUGAAGGACUUGUUCCGGCGAUUGCACCAACACAGCAAGGACCGGCGGUUCAGGCUGCUGUCAGUUUUUCUCGAUGAAUCCACGGCGAUUCUCAAGGAGGAGGUGGCCAAUCUGCCUCAACAGCUGCAGGAACUGGUGCCUCACUUCGACACGGCCUGCACGCUGGCCGAGGUCGACUUUCGCCAGGGCGCUCUAGGGGCUGCUAUGGAGAGUGCGUUACUUACGAUACUCGAACUUGGCAUGCUCAUCGGAAACUAUGAAGCUGAGGACAUCGAAUGGGACUUAGAUCCAUCCGAGACCCUUCUCGCGGGCCUGAGCAUCGGCAUCCUCGCCGGCGCUGCCGUGGCUCUAUCCAGCAGCUUGGCAGAUGUAGCCAAGGUUGGAGCCGAAAGUGUUCGCGUCUCCUUCCGCCUGGGGGUGUAUGUUGCCGACAUCUCGACUAAGCUCGAAGCGCCCCAGUCGGAUGGAACGCUUCAGAGUUGGGCCCACGUCGUCACGGGGAUGUCGCACGAAGCAGUUCAAGAGGAGCUUUCUCAGUUCAAUGCGGUCACGCAGAAUCCAGAGCUCACCAAGGUCUUUGUCAGUGCUGCGGACAAGACGUCCGUAAGUGUGAGUGGGCCACCGUCACGCGUCAAAGCCGCCUUCCAACACUCGCCCAGCUUGCGAUACUCCAAGUCUUUCCCGCUGCCCGUGUACGACGGUCUCUGUCACGCGCCGCAUCUAUAUAGUCUCGACGAUAUCGAGUUUGUUAUAAACAGCGCCAAGUCUGUGAUCCCAAGUUCCCGGCCUGUGCGACUCCCCUUGAUCUCCUCCCAGACCGGCAAACCGUUCGCGGCCAAGACAGCCGGUGAGCUCUUUCUGGAGAUUGGCACCGAGCUGCUGACUGGUACAAUCUACGUGGACAACGUUACGACUGGUAUCCUUGAGCACGUCAAGCUUAAGGAACCGACAGGAAGCUAUCGAAUCGACUCCUUCCGCAUGUCUCAGGUCCUGAAUGGUAUCCUGACAGCCAUCGAGACCGACUUCCCCGCGCUGGAGCGGGUCCGGCGCGAUUUUGUGUCCUGGGUAUACGGAGACUAUGGCGCCCGCCGCCCCUCUUCCUAUGCGGCCUCAAAGCUCGCCAUCGUUGGUAUGGCUUGCCGGCUACCCGGAGGCGCCAAUGACCCCGAGCUGUUUUGGGAGCUGCUUGAGCAGGGUCGCGAUACCCUCACUACAGUGCCGCCGGACCGGUUCGACCUGAACACACAUUACGACCCUACAGGAAAGACGGAGAAUGCCACUCAGACUCCAUUUGGAAAUUUCAUUGAUCGGCCUGGCUACUUUGAUGCCGGGUUCUUCAAUAUGUCCCCGCGUGAGGCCGAGCAAACCGACCCCAUGCACCGGCUUGCCCUUGUCACCGCAUACGAGGCCAUGGAAAUGGCAGGCCUUGUUCCAGGCCGCACCCCCUCUACUCAGCCAAACCGCAUCGGCACAUUCUACGGACAGGCAAGCGACGACUGGCGGGAGCUGAACGCCUCCCAGAACAUCAGCACGUAUGCGGUGCCUGGUGGCGAGCGCGCCUUUGCCAACGGGCGAAUCAAUUACUUCUUCAAGUUUUCCGGGCCUUCGUUCAACAUUGACACCGCCUGUUCGAGUGGCCUGGCGGCAGUACAGGCAGCCUGCUCGGCACUGUGGUCCGGCGAGGCCGAUACAGUCAUUGCUGGGGGACUGAACGUCAUCACGGACCCGGAUAACUACGCCGGUCUUGGGAACGGCCACUUCCUCUCCAAGACGGGACAAUGCAAAGUUUGGGACAAGGACGCCGACGGGUAUUGUCGCGCAGAUGGAGUCGGGUCGGUCGUCAUCAAGCGGCUGGAAGAUGCCGAGGCGGACAACGACAACAUCCUGGCUGUGGUUCUGGGUGCUCGCACGAACCAUUCCGCUGAGGCUGUCUCGAUCACACACCCUCAUGCUGGCGCGCAAAAGGACAAUUACCGCCAGGUGCUGCACCAAGCUGGCGUCAACCCCCUCGAUGUGAGCUAUGUGGAGCUUCACGGCACUGGCACCCAGGCUGGGGAUGCGGUGGAGUCCGAAUCGGUGUCCGAUGUCUUUGCGCCCUCUAUGCCUCGCCGUCGACCCGAUCAGCGUCUGUAUCUGGGCGCAGUGAAGAGUAACAUCGGGCAUGGUGAGGCAGCGGCGGGCAUCGCUUCCCUGCUCAAGGCGCUCCUGGUGUACCAAAAGAACAUGAUUCCCAAGCACAUCGGCAUCAAAACCGAGAUCAACCCUAUUAUUCCCAAGGACCUCGAUCGACGUCACGUGGGUUUGGCCAUGGCGAACACCCCCUGGCCGCGGCCUGCCGGGAAAAAGCGUCUUGCGGUCGUGAACUCGUUUGGAGCGCACGGCGGCAACACCACCCUGCUCCUGGAAGACGCCCCGGAGAGAGUGAAGCUUUCAACUGAGGACGACCGCACAACUCAUCCAGUAGUCAUCUCCGCAAAGAGCAAGAAGUCCCUCCAGGCCAAUAUCGAGAAACUGCUGUCGUGGCUGGGUCAGAACCCCGACGCGGACCUUGCGGACCUUUCGUACACCCUCUGCACGCGGCGGAUGCACCACAGCAUGCGGUUUGGGGCCACAGCCUCCAACGUCGCGGCUCUAGAGAAGACUCUCCGUUCCUGGCUGGACAACCCCAAGGCGUCUGCCGAGCUGCGGGCCAUCCCGAACGACGCGCCCUCCGUGGUGCUGACCUUCACUGGCCAGGGUGCCUACUACCGCGGCAUGGGCCAGGAGCUCUUCGCCGAGUUCCCCUAUUUCCGUACGCAGGUACUUCAGCUGGACCAGAUUGCACAGCGGCUGGGAUUCCCGUCCGUUGUCCCCGUCAUCGACGGUAGCAUUGACGAUGGGCCCGCGUCGCCCAUUCUUACACAGCUUAGUGUUGUGGUGCUGGAGAUUGCCAUCGCACGCUUCUGGUCGCACCUAGGCAUUCGCAUUAGCGCUGUCGUGGGGCACAGUCUUGGUGAAUACGCUGCAUUCGCUGUUGCCGGCGUCAUCUCCGCUGCAGACGCUCUUUACCUCGUUGGACGGCGCGCGCAGUUGACCGAGGAACGAUGCACUCCAGGCAGCCAGUCGAUGCUGUCCGUUCGCGCGUCCGAGGAUGAUAUUGAAGAGCUUAUUGCAGGCAGCCCCGAAACUGCUGAAAUAGCCUACGAAGUGUGCUGUCGCAACACUCCCCAAGAUACCGUCAUCGGCGGCACUAAAGAGACUAUCAGCAGGAUCCGUCAGGCCCUGGAGGCAAACAGUAUCAAAUGCACGCAGCUGGAUGUGCCAUUCGCCUUCCACACCGCACAAAUGGACCCCGUCUUGGACUCGCUGGAGGCGUUGGCGACCCCCAUCGCGUUCAAGGCUCCCAGCAUCCCCGUGUUGUCCCCCUUGCUCGGAAGCGUUGUGUUCGACCGCAAGUCCAUCAACGCACAGUACCUGCGCCGUGCGACCCGCGAGGCAGUGGAUUUUGUAGCGGCCAUUGAAGCCGCUCAGGACUUCGGCCUGGUAGACGCUAAGACGAUCUGGAUCGAUGUCGGACCGCACCCCAUUUGCGCUGGCCUUGUGCGUGGCAUAGACAGCUCCGCAUCCGUGAUCUCCUCCUGCCGGCGCAACGAAGACAACUUGGCGACCAUGUCCAAGAGCCUGGUCACCCUUCACCUAGCAGGGCACACACCCUGCUGGGCGGAAUACUUCCGGCCCCGCGAGCGGGCGUACUCGCUGCUGAAAUUGCCCACCUACGGCUGGAAUGAGACCGACUACUGGAUUCCGUACAUUGGCACAUGGACGUUGGACAAGGCACUGCUCAAGUACGGGGAAAAGAAAGCUCCUCUGUCUCUGUCCAUGUCGCGCCCUUCAGCGCUCCGCACCUCGUUGGUUCACCAGAUCACCGCUGAGACGGUCGAGGCGACAACGGCCACCCUCCAUGUCCUCUCUGACAUGCAACAUCCUGAUUUCCUGGAGGCUCUUCAUGGUCACAGGAUGAAUAACUGCGGCGUUGCAACUUCGUCUAUCUGGUCUGACAUGGCCUUCACGGUUGGUGAAUACCUCUACCGCCGACUCGUUCCCUCGGCCAAAGAUGUGCACAUGAACCUUUCAGACGUCGAAGUCCUGCACGCCCAGGUCGCCCUCGAGAAGAAAGGAAGCGUCCAGCCGCUUGUGCUCAAGGCACACCUGGACCUGUCCACUAGCUCCAUGUCACUUGCCUGGUUCAACGCGAGCGCCGAGACGGGGGAGUGCGCCGCCGAAUCCUUCGCUACAGCCGUGGUCCGGUUCGAAGACCCGGCCACGUGGACCAGGGAGUGGGACCGGAUCUCCCAUCUGGUACGAGGCCGCAUUGAGGCGCUAGAGCAGCGCGCCGCAGAAGGCAAGGCGAGCAAGCUCUCCAAGCCCCUGGCUUAUGCACUCUUCAAGAACGUCGUCGACUACGCAGACCGGUAUCGGGGGAUGGAGCAGGUGGUGCUGCACGAGCACGAGGCCGUCGCGGAGGUGACGCUCGUCGCGGAGCGGCACGGCACCUGGCACACGCCGCCACACUGGAUUGACAGUGUCUCGCACCUGGCCGGCCUGGUCAUGAACGGCAGCGAUGCGUCCAAUACCAGGGAUUACUUCUACGUCACGCCCGGAUGCUCCAGCUUCCGUCUGCUGAACCCGCUGAAGGCCGGCGACAAAUAUCGCAGCUACGUCCGCAUGUUCCCAUUGCCGGAGGAGGCGAACAUGUACGCGGGUGACGUGUACAUUCUGCAGGGCGAGCGGAUUGUGGGCAUGGUCGGCCAGAUUCGAUUUCGUCGCGUGCCGCGGCUUCUCAUGGACAGGUUCUUCUCGCCCGCUGCGGCUUCCCAUACGGAACAGCAGCUGCAGGAGACCGCUCACAGCGCCACUAGCGUCAAAAAGAGCGCUGCUCCUGCUGCUGCGGUCCCUGUCUCAAUCGCAGUGCCCUCAAGCAACCCAGUCGCAAUCCAAUUCCCCGUCGCCAGCAAGAGCCGCGACUCCACUCCCCCGCUCACCCCUCCGUCCCAGGAAGAGUCGCCCGGCGAAUCCGCCGUCAUAACGCCGGCCACAUCGGACCGGGGCGAUCCAGUAGACGCCGGCCUGGUGGGCCAGUGCCUGCAGGUGAUGGCUCGUGAGACGGGGCUAGAAAUAGAAGCGCUGACGCCGGAAGCAAGCUUCGUGCAGCUGGGCAUCGACUCGCUCAUGUCGCUUGUGUUGUCAGAGAAGUUCCGUGCCGAACUGGGGAUUGAGAUUAAGAGCUCGCUGUUCCUGGAGUGUCCGACGAUCGGGGAGAUGACGGCAUGGUUGGAAGAGUAUUGUUAA